AUGCCAUAUCAGCUUUUAACUCACAUAGAAUUUCAGAAGCCAGUCCCAGUAAGCAAAAACGUUUUUGAAAAGCUUGAAAAGUUAAACCAAGAAUACUAUUUCAAUGUAAAUGACUGGGAUGAUAAAGCAGGCAUGCAACCUCUUAUAAUUUCGAAAAAUUUUACAAGAAAACAUGAGGUUAAUCUUCUAGUUCUCAAUGAAGAGUCUAUAGGUGGAAAGGAAAAAACACAUUAUUUAUGGGUUAAGAAUCCAAGUAAGCUUAUAUUUAGCAAUACUAAGGAUAAUAGAAAGAAGAAAUUAUGUACCAUAUGUGGGCAAUACUUCUCAUCAGAAAUAGUACUUAGAAGGCAUCAAAAGUAUUGUUAUGCUCAUUUAGAUGCACCUCAAUUUACAGAGCUUCCAGAAAAAGAUAAUAAUAAAUUACAUUUCAAAAAAUGGAAGCAUAUGAUGAGAGCCCUUGCAUAA